GUAAUCCCGCCUUUUACGUCAGUAACUUCAAUAUUAUGGAGCUAUCUUGGUAGUAGUGCUUGCUGCAAGUUUUGUUAGAAGGGUUGAAAUUCACUAUCGUAACGUAUUUUAAUCUCAGUGAUUACGAAGUAAAUAUUGAAUGUGUCGCUUUUUACAUCAAAGCGAGCUAAUAAUUUUGAACAGCCCCAGCAAGCAUGUAUUGCUGCACCACCUGAUUUUUGUGCUAUCGUAAAUGUGUACAUACUAUCUAUAACAUGCAAAAUAUUAACUAACGUUCCAUCCGUUUAUAAUAUUCUGCACUUUUGACAUGAAUGGUCUGUCGUUUUCUAUUUAAGCGGGUGGAACGAAGUGACGCUCCGACGCAGCCUGCGUAGUGCGUAGUAGACUUUUCUGCUGUUAUGGCCAUCGUGACUGGGUGGAAGAGGUUAGCAGGGACUGUAAACAUGGCGGCGUGCACAGCCAGAAGUCUGUGCUGUAAACCCCAAUAUUAGUGAGUGAACUACCGAGACAAGUGAACCAUGGAGACCGAAGAGGAGCAACAUAUGACAACGCUGCUCUGCAUGGGCUUCCCUGACCCCGUAGCUAUCAGGAAAGCUCUUCGCUUGGCCAAAAACGACAUCAACGAGGCAGUCGCGCUUCUAACCAACGAGAGUCCCGGACUCGGGUAUGGGUAUGAGCCCAUGGAGAGUGGGCCUGCUCCAGGGCCUGGAUCCGGUGGUGAUGGAGAAACCAACAAUCGUAGUGGGAGUGGUACUAGCGGGUUUGACCCACCACCGGCUUACCACGAUGUUGUGGAGGGCGAGAGGAGCAACGAUGAAAAUGGAAACUGCUCCGGCGGGAACAUGGAGUUUCCCACCACCAAUCUGUACGAACUGGAGAGCCGUGUCUUCACCGACCAUUGGUCCAUUCCCUACAAGAGGGAGGAGUCGCUGGGCAAGUGCCUCAUCGCCUCCACGUGCCUGGCAAGACUGGGUCUUGCUGAUGCAGACGAGAACUGCAAGAGGUUCAUAGACCGAUGUAUGCCAGAAGCCUUCAAAAAGCUGCUGACGUCGAGUGCUGUGCACAAAUGGGCCACAGAGAUUCACGAGGGGAUCUACAACAUGCUGAUGCUGCUGGUGGACCUGGUGGCUGAGCGGGUCAAGCUGGAUCCCAUCCCUGUAGGGCUUCUGGGGGUUCUCACCAUGGCCUUUAACCCAGACAAUGAGUACCACUUCAAAAACCGCAUGAAGUCCUCCCAGAGGAACUGGGCGGAGGUGUUUGGGGAGGACAGCAUGUUUGCCGUGUCCCCCAUCUCCAGCUACCAGAAGGAGCCACAUGGAUGGCUUGUCGACCUCGUGAACCGAUUCGGGGAGAUGGGAGGAUUCACCGCGAUUCAGAGCAAGCUGAACGCCGAGGAAGUGGAAAUCGGGAGUGUGUCUGCCCUGGUCCAGCCACUGGGAGUCUGUGCAGAGUACCUCAACUCCAGCCUGGUCCAGCCCAUGCUGGAUCCCGUCAUCCAUAAGAUGAUCACCUAUGUGCAGAACCUGGAGGAGAAAGACCUGAAAGAUAAGAGGCUGGUCAGUAUCCCCGACCUGCUCUCUGCCAUCAAGCUGCUGUGCAUGAGGUUCCAGCGGGAGCUGGUCUCCGUGGUGGACCACCUGCGACUGGACAUCCUGCUCCGCAUGCUGAAGACGCCCCACUUCAGCGCCAAGAUGAACUCCCUCAAAGAGGUGACAAAGUUGAUAGAGGAAAGCACUGUGUCCAAGACUGUGAAGAAUGCCAUAGACACUGACCGACUGCUGGAUUGGCUGGUAGAAAACUCAGUCCUGUCAAUAGCCCUUGAAGGUAAUAUUGACCAGGCGCAGUACUGUGACCGAAUAAAGGGAAUCAUUGAGCUCCUUGGCAGCAAACUCUCCUUGGACGAGCUCUCCAAAAUCUGGAGAAUACAGGCGGGUCAGUCCUCCACGGUUAUCGAGAACAUCCACACCAUCAUUGCAGCCGCAGCGGUCAAGUUCAACUUCGACCAGCUCAGCCAUCUGUUUGUCCUCAUCCAGAAGAGCUGGGAGGUGGAGAGUGACCGUGUUCGACAGAAGCUCUUGAGUCUGAUUGGGAGGAUCGGCCGAGAGGCUCGCUCUGAGGCCACAACGGGCAAGGUGCUGGAGGUGCUCUGGGAGUUGGCACACCUGCCCACAUUGCCCGUUAAUUUGGUGCAGCAGGCGUUGGAGGAGCAUCUGACGAUCCUCAGUGAUGCGUAUGCUGUCAAGGAAGCCGUCAAAAAGAUCUACAUCCACAAGUGCGUUGAUGACAUCAAGAAGAUACAAAUACAGGAGGAAACAAAAUCUUCCAGCGAGACACAAGUCUCUUUUCUAACUGGCUCCUGGGGCAAGAAGAAACCAAGCUCAGUGUUCAAAUCCUCACAGCAGAGUAACCCUCAGGCUGUGUGGGUGGUGCCAGCACUGCGUCAGCUCCAUGAGAUCACCCGCUCAUUCAUCAAGCAGACCUACCAAAAACAAGACAAGCAGAGCAUCAUCCAGGACCUGAAGAGGCACGAGAUUGUCAAGCUGAUCACAGGGAGCCUUGUGUGCUGCCACCGGCUGGCGGUGUCUGUUGCUGGCCAGGGAGGACUUUCCGGCUCCACGCUUGUGGAUGGCCGAUACACUUACCAAGAGUACCUGGAGGGCCACCUCAAGUUCCUGGCCUUCUUCCUGCAGGAGGCUAGUUUAUACCUGGUGUGGAACAGGGCCAAGGAGGUGUGGGAGUGCCUUGUGUCUGGGAUGGAUGUCUGUGAACUGGACAGAGAGAUGUGCUUUGAGUGGUUCACCAAGGGGCAGCACGACCUGGAGAGUGACAUUCAGCAGCAGCUCUUCAAGGAGAAGAUCCUGAAGCUGGAGCCUUAUGAGAUCACCAUGAACGGUUUCAACCUUUUCAAGACCUUCUUUGAGAAUGUGAACCUCAGUGACCACCGACUGAAACGACAAGGGACUCAGCUGUGUGUGGAGCGCUUGGACCUGGCAGGGAUGGACUUUAUCUGGCGCAUCGCCAUGGAGUCUCCCGACGAAGAGAUCGCCAACGAAGCCAUCCAGCUCAUCAUCACCUACAGCUACAUCAACCUCAAUCCCAAAAUGAAGAAGGACUCCGUGUCGCUGCACAAGAAGUUCAUCGCAGACUGCUAUAAAAGAUUAGAGGCUGCCAGCUCGGCCUUAGGUGGGCCCACCCUGACGCACGCCGUUACCAGGGCGACCAAGAUGCUGACUGCCACGGCCAUGCCCACCGUGGCCACCUCUGUGCAGUCACCUUCCAGGUCAACAAAGCUGGUGAUCAUCGAAAGGCUUCUGUUGCUUGCCGAGAGAUACGUUAUCACAAUAGAGGAUUUAUAUUCUGUCCCUCGGACGAUUCUACCUCACGGAGCUUCUUUCAACGGCCACCCCGUUACCCUCCAUGUCACCUAUGAAUCUACCAAAGACACUUUCACUCUGGAGGCCCACAGCAAUGAAACUAUUGGCAGCAUCAGAUGGAAGAUAGCAGACCGUUUAAGCUGCCCUGUGGACAAUGUUCAGAUAUUUGCCAAUGACAGUGUGCUGACCAUGAACCGAGACCAGAAGCUGCUGAACCAGCUGGGCUUCUCGGACGAGCAGAGCCUGACUGUGAAGAGCUCGGGCACGGGCACCCCCUCGGGCAGCUCGGCCGACUCGUCCGCCAGCGCCAGCAGCAGCAGCAGCGGGGUCUUCAACACCACCUACGCCCUGGAGCAGGAGAAGUCUCUUCCCGGGGUGGUGAUGGCCCUGGUGUGCAACGUGUUUGAGAUGCUGUACCAGCUGGCCAACCUGGACGAGCCCAGAAUCACUCUGCGUGUGCGCAAGCUCCUGCUCUUGAUCCCCACCGACCCCGAGGUCCAGGAUGCUCUCGAUAACUUCGUGCCAAAAGAAUCCAGCGUGUGGAGCCACCAGAAAACCCUCUUCACGCUGGGCUCCGGUAACCAGGCCUCCAAGUCCCCGUCUCUGUCGUCUAAACAGCAACACCAGCAGAGCGCAUCCUCCAUCCUGGAGUUCCUGUUCCGCUCCUCCGCACCCGGCAUGUCCACCUUCAGAGUGCUGUACAACCUGGAGGUGCUGAGCUCCAAGUUGAUGCCUACCUCCGACGACGAGAUGGCCAAAACCAGCGUCAAAUCCUUCUGUGAAAAUUUCCUCAAAGCAGGGGGCCUGAGCCUGGUGGUGAAUGUCAUGCAGAGGGACUCCAUCCCCUCGGAGGUGGACUACGAGACCCGACAGGGAGUAUAUUCCAUUUGCCUUCAGCUGGCGAGGUUCCUGCUGGUGGGGCAGACCAUGCCCAGCAUCCUGGAUGAGGAGCUGAGUAAGGACGGCGUGGACGCGCUUUCGUCCCGGCCCUUCCGCAACGUCAGCCGGCAGAGCAGCCGGCAGCUAUCCCUGUGCGGAACGCCGGAGAAGUCCUCCUACCGCCAGAUGUCCAUGUCGGACCGUUCCUCCAUCCGCGUGGAGGAGAUCAUCCCAGCCGCGCGAGUGGCCAUCCAGACUAUGGAAGUUGGUGACUUCACCUCUACGGUGGCCUGUUUCAUGCGACUCACGUGGGCAGCUGCAGCAGGACGAUUGGACCUUGUGGGCAGCAGCCAGCCAAUAAGAGAGAGCACCAACUCCCUCUUUCCCUUGGGCAUCCGCAGUCGAGUCAGCAGCACAGGAAGUAACUGCAGCUCCAGCAGUGAGGGAGAGGCCACCACCCUGCACGCAGGCAUCUGUGUGAAACAGCAGUGCGUGUCAAUUAAAGACACCAUCAUAGCCCGGGAGGCCCUGUCGCUGCUCGUCACCUGUCUGCAACUGCGCUGCCAGCAACUGAGUUCCUUCUACAACUUGCCUUGUGUGAGCGAUUUUAUAAUCGACAUACUGCUUGGAUCACCCAGCGAAGAGAUUCGCCGUGUGGCCUGUGACCAGCUGUACACUCUCAGCCAGACGGACACCUCUGGUUACCCAGACCUGCAGAAGCCAAACCUCUUCCUCCUGAAGGUGGUGCUUACAGCCCAGCUGCCCCUGUGGUCCCCUACCAGCAUCAUGAGAGGCAUCAACCAGAGGCUACUGUCUCAGUGCACGGAGUACUUUGACCUGCGAUGCCAGCUUCUGGACGAUCUGACCUCCACAGAGAUGGAGCAGCUGCAGAUCAGCCCGGCGGUCAUGCUGGAGGAUGAGAUCAACUGGCUGGAUAAUUUCGAGCCCACCUGGACCGCCGAGCUGGAGACCAGCGAGGCCGACAACAUCCUGCAAGCGGGGCAUCUCCGACUCAUCAAGACCCUGCUGUGCCUGUGCGGGAACGAGAAGGAGCAGCUGGGCCCCUCCUUGAUCCAACAGCUCCUGGACGACUUCCUGUUCAGGGCGUCGCGCAUCAUUCUCAACAGCAACAACCCCUCCAGCUCCUCCGCCCCCAUCCAGGACUUCCACCCCAAGUGCAGCACGGUCAGCAGCCGCCUGGCCGCGUAUGAAGUGCUGGUGAUGUUGGCGGACAGCUCCAUCACCAAUCUGCAGCUCAUCACCCGCGAACUCCUCUCCAUGCACCACCAGUGUGACCCCUCCCUCACCAAGGAGUUUGAUUUCCUGCCUCCCGUGGACAGUCGCUCGGUGUCAGGGUUUGUGGGCUUGAAGAACGGCGGUGCCACCUGCUACAUGAACGCAGUCUUCCAGCAGCUGUACAUGCAGCCUGGCCUGCCUGAGGCCUUCCUAUCUAUCGAGGAUGACACGGACAACCCAGACGAGAGCGUGUUCUGCCAGGUUCAGUCCCUGUUCGGCCACCUGAUGGAGAGCAAGCUGCAGUACUAUGUCCCUGAGAACUUCUGGAAGAUCUUUAAGAUGUGGAACAGGGAGCUGUAUGUGCGUGAGCAGCAGGAUGCCUACGAGUUCUUCACCAGCCUGGUGGACCAGCUGGAUGAGCACCUGAAGAAAAUUGGGAGAGAGCAGAUUUUCAAGAACACGUUCCAAGGCAUCUUCUCCGAUCAGAAGAUCUGCAAGGACUGUCCACACAGGUAUGAACGGGAGGAGACCUUCAUGGCACUGAAUCUGGGUGUGACCUCCUGCCAAAGUUUAGAGAUCUCCUUGGACCAGUUUGUCAGAGGAGAGGUCCUGGAAGGGAGCAAUGCCUACUACUGUGAGAAGUGCAAGGAGAAGAGGACUACAGUGAAGCGCACCUGUAUUAAGUCCCUCCCCAGCGUGCUUGUCAUCCACCUCAUGCGCUUUGGCUUUGACUGGGAGAGCGGACGCUCGAUCAAGUACGACGAGCAGAUCAGGUUCCCAUGGGUAUUGAACAUGGAGCCCUACACAGUCUCGGGCAUGGCGCGCCAGGACUCCAGCUCUGACCACGGGGAGAACGGGCGGGGCGGAGAGCCAGGUUCUGGAGGGUCACCCAGGAAGAAAGUGACCAUCUCUGAGAACUAUGAGCUGGUGGGCGUGGUGGUGCACAGUGGCCAGGCCCACGCCGGACAUUACUACUCUUUCAUCAAGGACCGCCGUGGAAGUGCCCGGGGCCGAUGGUACAAAUUCAAUGACAACAUGGUGGAAGAGUUUGACAUGAAUGAUGAGACGCUGGAAUAUGAGUGCUUCGGAGGAGAAUACCGACCCAAAGUUUAUGACCAGUCCAAUCCCUACCCGGAUGUGCGCAGGCGUUACUGGAACGCUUACAUGCUCUUCUACCAGCGAAUCUCCGACCAGAACUCUCCUGUUCUGCCCAAGAAGAGCCGUGUGAGCGUGAUGAGGCAGGAGGCCGAGGACCUGUCUUUGUCUGCGCCCUCAUCCCCCGAAAUCUCCCCCCAGUCCUCCCCACGGCCCCCGAGGGCCAACAACGACCGCCUGUCUCUGCUCACCCGUCUGGUGAGGAAGGGAGAGAAGAAGGGGCUGUUUGUAGAGAAAAUGCCGGUCAGGAUCUACCAGAUGGUGAGAGAUGAGAAUCUGAAGUUCAUGAAGAACAGGGAUGUGUAUAACAGCGACUACUUCAGCUUCACCCUCUCGCUGGCCUCUGUCAAUGCUACUAAGCUCAAGCACCCUUCUUACCAGGCCAUGGCCAAGGUCAGUUUGCAGCUGGCUGUCCAGUUCCUCUUCCACACUUAUCUGCACACCAAGAAGAAGCUCAGGGUGGACACAGACGAGUGGAUCACCACUGUGGAGGUCCUUCUGUCCAAGAGCAGCGAGGCCUGCCAGUGGAUGGUGCAGUAUUUGGUCAGCUCUGAGGGACGGGAGAUCAUCAAGAUCUGUCUCCUGGAGUGUAGCGUGCGGGAGGUGCGAGUGGUGGUGGCCACCAUCCUGGAGAAGACUCUGGAGAGUGCCUUAACCUUCCAGGACCAGGGUGUGGAUUCCCUGCUGGACGUCCUGCUGUCUCUGCUGGACAAGGACGUCCCAGAGAACUGCAAGAACUGCUCGCAGUACUUCUCCCUCUUCAGCAGCUUUGUACAGAGGGGCUCUGGACCCUGUCAGCUGCUUCUGAAACAUGCCGCCUACCGCAGGAUGCUCAUCUUCCUCCUGGGAGCCAACCGGCAGAACAACCAGAACCGGCGGUGGAGCCCUGCCCAGGCACGGGAGUUCCUUCAUCUCCACAACACUCUGGCCCUGGUGGUGCUUCACUCAGACCUCUCUGCACACAGGACUGUCGCUCCAGGGUCUUACAAGCACAGCUCACCCGGGAGCAUCCCCGCCUCUAGCCCCCUCCUCCCUCUACACGCUGACAUCGAAACCUCGCUCUUCAAACUGGAGGGCCAGCCCUACCUGCUGGAGGUGAUGUUUGCCAUGCGGGAGCUGUCUGGGCCUCUCUCCUUCCUGAUGGAGAUGAUCACCUACUGCUCCCUGUGCAAUGAGCCCUUCUCUCUCGGCGUGCUGCAGCUCCUCAAGAAUCACCUGGAGACUGCCCCUCCUCACGAGCUGAAGAACGUCUUCCAGAUGCUGCUGGAGAUCCUGAUGGUAGAAGACCCUAUACAGUCGCUGAGACUGAAGUUUGCGUUUGAGUCAGAGAAGGGGCUGCUUGCUCUGAUGCACCAAAGCAACAACGUGGACAGCAGCCGCUGCUAUCAGUGUGUCAAGUUCCUGGUCACUCUGGCGCAGAAGUGUGCCCCUGCCAAGGAGUACUUCAAGGAGCUCUCCAGCCACUGGAGCUGGGCUGUGCAGUGGCUGCAGAAGAAGAUGUCGGAACACUACUGGACUCCCCAGAGCAACGUUUCAAACGAGACGUCCACCGCCAAAACCUUCCAGCGCACAAUUUCGGCACAGGACACGCUAGCUUAUGCUACUGCCCUCCUGAAUGAAAAGGAACAGUCAGGAAGCAGCAAUGGUUCAGAUGGAAGUCCUGCCAAUGAGAACUCUGACCGCAGCCUGAGACAGGGCUCAGAGUCUCCCAUGAUGCUGGGUGAUUCUAAGAGCGAUCUGGAAGACGUGGACUCCUAAGUCUCAUCGGCAAGAUGGGAGUUUUCCGCAUAAAAAAAAAAAAAAAAAGGACCUUGAAAUCUUCUCCAGUGGAGACGGGGCUGUGGCUUUACACAGCCAAUCAGAAGACUCUGACUGAUAACUGACCUCCAUGGGGACAGGAAAGGAGGACGUGGAAGCGAUGCAACAAACGGAAGCGUCUCCCCACCACCCUAAUAAAACCACAGACUUCCGUAAACAUACACUCUUCCACUCUUCAUCAGCAGGGGCCCGGCUUCUGCACUCACCUUCACAUUCAUAGUUUGACCUUUACUAAGGGGCUUUAUAGAAGUUUUUUAAAAAAAGGUUCAUGUGUGAAUACCUUCCAAGCAAAACCGAUGGAAGUCAAAUCAAUUUUUUUUAAAGUACCAUACAGUGCUGCAAAACAAGUAAGGUGUUGAGUGGGUUCAUUUUAAAGUUGAUUUUCUUCAUUUUUGCCAAUGUAAUUAAAUAGAUACUAUUCAUAAUGUAAAAUUGUGUUCCAUAAAUGUAAUUUCAAAUGUAAGAUAAUAUUUUAAAGUACCCUCUGCUUUUCUGAGUUUCUGUAUCUGUGUGCUUUAGUUCCCUCUAGCAGGAACUUGUCAGAAGUUUGAAAAGUUAAUUACUCAUAAGCUUUUUUUUUUUUGUUGAGGAUAUUUUUAAAUGCACUUUAAGGUCACAUUCAGUUCUCUAUUUUUUGAACGCAACAUCUGACAAGUCCCUUUCUAGAGCUAAUUAAAAGCUCAUGUGUGCAGGCAUUUUUUGUUUUAGUUUUAACUGUAAAGUCACAGUGGCAGAUUUUCUAUGGGAUUUACUGAGCAGAGGCCUCUGAAGAGAACUGCUUUAGCUGGGUUUUGUAGAUUCAAUGAGGAGGCUGCUUGCUUCAGGUCAGAACCCCAGGCCACUUUGUUCCCAUAGAGCUGUGUGAACCUCUGAAUCCACGCAGCCAGGGCUGAGUCUGAUGGAGCGCUGAACAUGCUGUCAGAAUGGCGUGCGGGUCUGGUCUCCUAGGAAACCGUGCCCGCAGAAGGCAGGAUGAAGGCUGUAGGCCGAGUGGAGGCACGACUUUGAGAACGGAGACGCGAUGGAGAGAGAGCAGCAGUCUCCACUCCUCCACCCCUCCUCCUACCCGUGACCCGUACCAACGCUUUCACCAACGCUUCUGAACAACGAGCAGCGAGACGUUUGUCUGCUGGAUUUAAUUCCUUUUUUCUUUUUUUUCCCUUUUUUUUUUUAUCAUAUGGGGUUUAUUUGCACGUUCCUGCUUCUGUAUCCUUACCACCCUGUGAUUUGAUCGACCUGCCCGAUGCUGUUAGAUUUCUCCGCUCCUUCUGAGAGCUGCUUUAGAGGCCUCGCCCAGCUUUGGGUUCUGCAAUCUCACGUGCCAUUGGCUGAUGGAGAGGAACUCCACACAACAGUUGCAGGCAGAGAGCACAUUCAUCUGAGAGGUAAUACUUGGGUCCCAACUAACUAAAGGGUUUUUUUGUUUUUGUUUUGUUUUUUUGUUUUUUGUGAAUCACAAACAUAAGACACAGUAUGUAUGUUUUAGUCUAGUGUGGCAAAUGAAGACACAAAUCAUGUUCGGCUGAGAAUCCCACACACAACUUUCAAAGGUCAGCAGCUUUCGUUAUUCUUGAAGCCUGGAUCUGAGACGACGCCAGGGUUUUGCCAAAUCGCGGUGUGAUAGUGAAUCUGGGUGCGGCAGAGUACUUACAGGUGUGUUAAGGUUUCUAAGCAGCGUGUUCGUGCAGGCGAUCUUGAUACCGGCUGUCCUUGGUCUUCUGCCCUGUGAAAGUGACCUACUCCUUCCUGUAGGAGGUCAAACUCGCAGCUUUCAUAUUUCACCUGAAAAUCCUCCUGUUAGCAGAGAAGUGUACAUUGCUAGCAGCCAUGUGAAAUGAGCUAGUAGGAGAUAUACUAAAGGUCAGACGAUGCUACAGCCCGUUUGGCUUAAAUAAGGGUUAUUUCAGCUGUUUUAUUUGCCUUUGCCGCCCUUUGUUUAUUUUCUCUUUUGCCUUAUCACUCAUCUGUGCAUAGGAGAGGAUGAACGCAUCGUCCCACCUGCUACCUGUGAAAGGAGCCUUUAAGUGCCUUUACAGAAUCCUCCAGACUGUUCCAGUGCACCACUCCUGAGACUAGGAACACAGAUGUACAGUAGAUCAGUCCAGUACACCACCACCCUCACUUUGCGGGCUAAACACAGGCAGAAUGACAAGCUCUGCGCAGGACGAUGACUGGCGCUCUUAGAGAAGGGGCUACGUGCACCUGCACCUGGGGCAGGAGCAACGAGCAAAUGCACUGCAAUUACAAAUGGCCCUUUCCCGAAAUGUUGUAUGCCGCUUGCUUUUAUAUUUUUCUUGUUUUCUGUUCCUCAUGCUGUUUUGGCAGGGUAUGAUAUGGGAAAGUGCUGCUUAACCUCCAGCUUAGAUGCCUGGGUAUACAGCUUUAACACUUCAAUGUUUACAGUGUGUGGACCUACCUAGCAGUUACACUACUUGGAAUGUUACUUUGGAAUGAAAUUCUGAGGAGAUGGAUUUGAUUCCAUGGCACCCUUACUGUUUGCGCUUCUUAGUAAGUGAUUCUUGGCCACUUUUUCACUGUUUUUUGGAGAGGACAAGGGCUUUGCAAAUGGGUUCAUUUUUAAGAAAACCGAAUCUUCUAGAUGAUCUGUGUGUAGUGCACCUCGCUGUGAAACUUUUCCUCUUUUACUCCCUGCAGCCGAAUGUGGUUUUCACAGACUUUGCUUUUUAUGUGAGUGCGUGCGGUCGUCUGUUGUGGCGUACUGGUGAUCCACACAUUGGAUUGAGAUGCGCAGGCCUUUCCGCAUUUGUGCGUCUCAACUCGGAAUGCAAAAGUUGGCCUGGUUUCACUGUGUGAAAGGACAGGCCUUUCGCUCCGAUGGAGAGAGCAUCAACGGGGUUAGGAACCCAGGGAGGCAAUUAGGUGGGAAUCCAUGAGAUUUCUCUUGAUAUGCAAUUAAGUCUCAGUUUCUUCCACUGAGUUGGAAGGGCUUUUACUUGUAAACCUCUCUGUUCUGUCAGGAGAACUCCUCCAGGCUGCAUUGUAGGACCGUUGAGGAGCAGUGGGAGGUGUGGAGGAGAUCACCAGUUCAGUGCCUUCACGAGAGGCAUGAUUGUGUUGUCGUUUUUGCUCCCCUACCCCCGCCCACCCACCCCCACCCCGUGUUCUCUGAAGGACAUUUGUGACGAGGUCAGAGCGUGAUGUGAAUACUUUAUACUGUGAUGGCAGAGCCUCCUCUCAGAACUUUGUCAAGUUGCCAAGGACAACUCGUUCACUCUUCAACAAGACAAUGAUUAAAGAAAUGUCAAAAAGUCUAAAUUUGUGGUUUAAGUCGAACUACCAGGGUUUAAUAAUAAAAAAAGAAUCUUCUGGUAUUUUCCCAGUCUGGCACCAGUAGUAUAUUUCAAAAGGUUCCAAUCAGUCCUUUGUUUUUAAAUAGGGGUGAUGGGGUGGGAUAUAAACAUUAAAUACGGGUUUUUAUUCAGUAAAUGUCAUUUUGCUUUGAGCAUUCAUUUUGCUGAAGUAUGAAGUGUCGGAAUUCUGUAAUGCAUGUUAAAACGGAGUGUUAAUUUGUACAUCAGAGUUUGAUUAUGGGAAUAUUUGAUAAAAAAAAAUAAACUGGAAUGCACAACCUUUUACAAA